AUGGCUGUGUCCAACGCUUACCCGAACUUCCAAAUUUCCCCUCAUUUUCUCGCUUCCCCUCAAUUUUCCCGCACUCUUCCACCGGUGACACGGAAACGUUUCCGACCAAUCAGUGCCUUCAAAGAAUGGCGCGAGUACGAAGAGGCAGUGAAGCGGAAGGACCUCGCCGGAGCUCUCAGUUUCCUGAAAUCCCUUGAAACCGACCAACGCCUAACUGCUGAGCCUUUCGGUGAAGAAACUUCUCCGCUGUCCGAGUUGACUCGGUCUCGUUUCCGCGAAUUGGAAAUGUUUGGGCCGCAGAGGGAUUGGGAAAUUCUGGAUACCUGCAUGAGUGCUGAUAACAUGAAACUUGUUGGGAAUGCUUACAAGUUUCUCAAAGAUAGGGGUUUCUUGCCUAGCUUCGGUAAAUGCAGGAAUAUUGUCUUGGAGGGUCCGAGGAAUGUAACACCAGAUGUCUUGAGCUCCUCAACUGGUUUGGAAGUGACUAAACUUGUUCCAAAGAAGUGGGGCCUCACGGAUGGUUCUAGGAUUGCUUUGGUUGCUUUUCUUGGCGGCGUGUCCUUUCUUAUUUCACAGGGAAUAGAUCUCAGGCCCAACCUUACAGUGGUAUUAGGUCUAGCAAUUGCAGAUUCUAUACUCCUGGGAGGUACCUGUUUAGCUCAAGUAUCAAGUUACUGGCCGCCAUAUAGGCGCCGGAUCCUCAUUCAUGAAGCAGGACAUCUCCUAAUAGCUUACUUGAUGGGUUGCCCAAUUCGGGGGGUGAUUUUAGAUCCAAUAGUUGCAAUGCAAACGGGUAUCCAAGGACAGGCAGGGACUCAAUUUUGGGAUGAGAAAGUUGCCAACGACCUUGCUGAAGGCCGACUUGAUGGUUCAGCUUUUGACAGGUACUGUAUGGUACUUUUUGCUGGAAUUGCAGCUGAAGCUCUAAUUUAUGGCGAGGCAGAGGGUGGAGAAAAUGAUGAAAAUCUAUUUAGAAGCAUCUGUCUUCUUCUUGAGCCUCCACUGUCUGUAGCAGAGAUGUCUAAUCAAGCAAGAUGGUCCGUGUUGCAAUCUUAUAAUUUACUCAAGUGGCAUAAAUCUGCACACCGAGCUGCCGUUAAAGCAAUGGAAAGCGGUAGCAGUCUCAGUGGUGUAAUUAGGAGGAUCGAGGAGACACUGUAUCGUGAAAAAUGA